AUGUCACGAAGGAAAUUUGAUGAUUCAUCAGAUGAAUCUGAUAUACAAUGUUAUCAAAGAAAAAGGCCGCGACCUAUUUGCUAUACUUCAGAUGACAGUAUAUCAGAGCAAGAAUUUAGUAUCGACAACUCAUGCAUUAGGCUUUCUAAUUUAUAUUUGUCUCCGAAUACAACGCUCCAAGAAACAGAGUGGCAAACAAUUCAAGCGACACAAGCGGAAAAAGAAGUGGCAGAACCAGAGCGUGGGCAAGACGCGGAACUUCUAAUAGAAAAUAUUAAUUGCAAUGAUCCGUUGGAAAUAUAUGAACUAUUCGUAACCGACAGCAUAAUUCUACUUAUGGUCCAACAAACAAACAAAUAUGCCAUGCAAAUUGGCACUGAUAAAAAAACAAAAAAACAUCAGAGCUCCUGGAUACCUGUUUCAAUAGCUGAAAUGAGGGCCUUUCUCGGUAUACUAUUAAUUAUGGGUGUCGUCCAAAUGCUGGACAUUAGGUUAUAUUGGGCUGAGAAUAGUAUGUACGGCAACGAGCGUAUAAAGCGGAGCAUGAAGCGCGAUCGUUUCUUGUCUAUUCUAAAGCAUUUACAUUUUGUCGAUAAUGAAACAUGCAAAGUUGAGGAUCCGUUGUACAAAAUUAGAGACUUUAUGAAAGAAAUUCUUUCAGCAUUCAAGAGUAGUGUCAAACCGGGGAAAACUGUUGUCAUAGAUGAGAGUAUGAUUUUAUGGCGUGGACUAAAUAUGGGAUCAAACUAUACAACUUGUGUUUACCAAACGGUUAUACGUAUGAUUUAG